GAAAAAACACCUUUGGCCCGGAGGUCUCUGUCAACAAAGAUGGCGAAUCACUACGAAAUCCCCAAGUGGGCCGGCAAGCCUCCGGUGGGCCUGCACCUGGAUGUGGCCAAGGGGGACAAGCUAAUACAGAAACUAAUGAUCGACGAGAAGAAGUGUUAUCUGUUCGGCCGCAACCCACAACUCAAUGACUUCUGCAUCGACCACGCCUCUUGUUCCCGCGUCCACUCCUCCCUGGUCUACCACAAGCACCUCAACAUGGCCUUCCUGGUGGACCUCGGCAGCACACAUGGCACUUUCAUCGGCAACAUUCGCCUGGAGAGCCUCAAACCAACGCAGCUUCCCGUCAACUCCACCUUCCACUUUGGCGCAUCCACUCGCAUGUACACACUGCGGGAGCGCCCCCAGACCGCCCCCAAGCCAGUCAUGGAGGAGCUGGAGAGGAUGACGGAGGAUAGUGAUGGCGGCCUCCUUGGUCUGCCGGAAACGGAGACUGAGCUGGAUAACCUAACAGAAUUCAACACAGCCCACAAUCGUCGCAUCUCCAUGUUGGGGAUUGGCGAGGACGACCCCAAACAGCGAGGGCUCAAACGACACAAAUUUAACGUAAGCUUCAAGGAUGAGGAGGAUGUCAUCAACCCAGAGGACGUCGACCCCAGUGUAGGACGCUUCAGGAACCUUGUACAGACGACUGUGGUGCCCUCCAAGAAGCGGCGUUUGGACAUCAGCGGCUUGGUGUCCAACAGUGUGGCGAGGGACGCGGACGGCUCAGUGAAGAACCAGAUGCCAUUCCCGCGCAGUGAUGGGCUGUACGGUGACCUUCCCCCGGAGCAGCACGGCCACGGAGGCUCACACCACUCCAUGUUCUCCUCUCUCCUCUCAUCCAAACUGGGCAUGCCUCUUCCAAACCCUGCCCCAGAGGUUGAGCUGGCCCCACCAGAGCCUGUGGCCCCAGAGAAGCCGUCCCACAUCCAGGUGUCGGUGGACCCAGACGAGCCCAAGAAGAAGAAAUAUGCCAAGGAAGCCUGGCCGGGAAAGAAACCCACGCCAUCCUUACUGGUGUAGCCUUACCACCCCCCCGCCGCCGCCGCCGCCGCACUCACGAGACUAUAAUUUUGGCCAAGACACACCAAGUUGCCACAAGACAAUGGAAAGCAGGAGUCCGCCACAGCUGGCAGAGGAAGCAGACACUCACCACAUGUGGGGAGAACUUCCUGUCAUAGUCCCUGAAGGCGAUGAUCCCUCCCUCACCAGGCUCAGAGGUGUAGCCAAUCUGGAUCUGCAACAAACAACAACACCAUGAAGAACUGUGU